GCCGACGGGGAACAGCUUCCCUCGCGGCCAACUCGACUGCCGACCUUAUCCGCGACGCGCACGAUUUUCCCUCGCCGGGCAAAAAGAGGAGCGGCGUCUCUCGGUCGGACGGGAAAGUGGCGUCUUCCGGCUCGGUUCCGUCGCCGAAACGAAACGGCGAGACACGCGAGAACGUGGCUGCGACACGAGUCUCGAUCCCUGGUGAUGAUCUGCGGGCAAAGGUGAUAGAGCAAGUUCUCGAGUGCGAGAGGAGAGGAUCGACGAGAGCAACGAGACUGAAUACGGGGAAGCAGGUCGACGCUGCCAUUCCGAUGGAAAUAGCCAGGUUCGUGGAAUAAAUUCAGCGUUGUGGGAACGCUGGGACAGGAAGCGACGGCAGACAACGAGCAGACAGAGGAAGCGUCAAAGACGUCGGUAGCGUCGGUGGAAUUCACCGUCGUGUUUACAGCUGGUUAAACUAACAAUCAUAAUGCGCCGGUGGUCGCGGCGAUUCUCCUCGAGAUGCUGAAGGAAGUGGGCUGUGGGAGCAGCACACCCCCGCCAGGGGAUGGUGCCAUCAGCAAUCGACAGAUCGGCACCGGUGAGAACAACAACUCCGAUGGUGGCCUCGGUUGCGGGGGUUGCGGCAGAGAGAUAGCCGAACGAUGGUACCUAAAGGCUGCGGAUCGCGCGUGGCACUGCGGCUGCCUUCGUUGCUGCCAUUGCCGUGUGCCUCUCGCCGCCGAGUUGACGUGCUUCGCCAGGGACGGCAACAUCUACUGCAAAGAGGAUUAUUAUAGGUUGUUCGCCGUUUCGAGAUGUUCGCGAUGUCGAGCGGGCAUCUUCGCGACGGAGCUGGUGAUGCGCGCGAGGGACUUGGUCUACCACGUGGCCUGUUUUACAUGUGCCUCGUGCGGCACCCCGCUGAACAAGGGCGAUCAUUUCGGGCAGAGGGAUGGCCUGGUCUACUGUAGACCUCACUACGAGUUGCUGUGCUGCGCGGGGGAUUACGGGAGCGCAGCCAGCAAUAUCGAGGACAUCGGCUCGCCGGGAGUGUCGCCGCUUCCGGCUUAUUACAGCGCCGCGGAGCAGAGCCCGAUCACCUCAUCCGGUACCGUGCAGAAGGGUCGCCCCAGAAAGAGGAAGUUGUCGGAAGUCACCGGAUCCGAGUUACCUGUCACGAUGAGGCUGGCCGCUGGAGCCCUUGAGCUGCUUCACCCAACCGAACUGUCCUCGUCCAUGGAAUCUUUGGCGGCGUACGAAGCGUCUGUCGGUUCUCCCGGACCGGUGCAUCAGAGCCAGCGAACGAAGCGGAUGAGAACGAGCUUCAAGCACCAUCAGUUGCGGACGAUGAAGAAUUAUUUUGCUAUAAAUCAGAACCCCGACGCGAAGGACCUCAAGCAACUGGCGCAGAAGACGGGGCUCUCGAAGAGGGUGCUUCAGGUUUGGUUCCAAAAUGCCCGCGCGAAAUGGCGACGGAACAUGAUGAGGCAGGAGGGCAACACGACGACGAGCAACGUGGGGUGUCCAGGUACGCCUGUGCCGUCGAACACGGCCGGCUCGCCGAACGUAGGACCGGCAGCCAGCAUCCUAGGGGACAGCAACAGCAUGCCGUCGACCUCGAUGGAGGAGCUGCACGCUCUUCAUCACCUACAUUCCGGCGUUUCCUCUCAGGUCUCGUUCUCCGAUCUUUACUGACGACGGCUUGAGAUGGAGGAAGACAGCUACAGCAGCCUUUCCAGCCAUCUUGGAUGAAGGAUCGCCGCGUCUUUCUUUUGGGAUCGAUUUUCGACGCGUUCAAUUUCAGAGGAAAAACGUGCUCCUCCGGAAUCGAUUCGAUUUUCAUCUGCAUUUCUGCUCGAGAUUUUCGACGUUGAUCGUUGACCAUCGGACGAACCACAUUCUGGUUCCAUAAAGAUGCAUAGAAGGAUGCGUUUCUGUUAACGUUUCACGCGAUUCCUCCUCCGAAUGGCGGAAGAAUCGAAUUCUGGGCGACGAGAUUUAUCGCUGAACCUUUGACGAAUUUCCUGGUGAGUAAUAAAUCCCAAUGUUUUCCAGUUGGUAGGCUUAGGUUUAUUUGUAUACUAAAGACACUGAUCUGUUUAACGAUCCCGAUUAAACUUGCUUGUUAGAAAGCCAACGUUUCUUAAUUAAUAAGCGACACGUGGUGAAUGAAGACGUUUACAAUCGCUAAUGGGUUGCGAACAGUUUCUACCUACGAGCUUGUCAAAUCCCAGCAAUUAUCGCAUUCGUUCAAGCAAAACCGACUAUUAAACGCCUUUCAACGAUUAUACUUGAACAAUCUGCAAACGUCAAUUACACGUAACAAGAACAAACGGUCGUUCAUCGAUCACCAGCCUUAAUUUACGUGGCGAGCCGCACGCUAAAAACGAUCUAUCGAUUCAUCAACUGCCCAUAGAUCGCUUCAUAAACAAAUCGAAUCAAACAACUUUUGGAUCUAUCUAAAAACAUACAAUCGGCUCAUCACUGCUCACCAAGAAAUGGUCAAGGUUCGCGAUAAAAGGCAGAUAAAGUUACGCCAACAGCGUUUUAGCUGAAACGGAUUAUGUUUAAGUAAUCAGUGAUAAUAAUCAUAGUUCCAUGCACAUCCGAAUUACCAAAGGUACUAGGCGAUAGUUUGUCUCGCUAGCGAAAGCGUGAAUCGGGUUUGGAUGCUGAAGGUUGAGGUACCAUCGAAGGAUUCGUCGAAAUAGGGGGAAGAAACGGCCUUGUUCCACAGCGAUAAAACUGUCCCAUGGCGUUCUUUGGAUCGAAAGGCUAAGGAGGGUUCCGACAGAAUGGGCGUAGCUCUCCUCCAGCGUGUAAUUAUAUUAUACCGCAGGAUUAUUUCAUUUGUUCCAACUGGUCCGGCUUUGAGUCUUUAAAUGGCUAUUUCGUGCAAUUGAUUCUUGGAGCGGUUUCACACUAACGAUUUCUAUUUUAUUUAAUUGUUAUUUCGCCGCGCGGUAUGUCAGAGUAAAGAAACGGCAACGUAUCGAGCGUUUCUUAUCUUUAAUUUGUUAUUACUUUGCAGAAUGUGUUGAUUAAUUAAAUCGUGAAAAAAAGUCUUGCUCAUACAGCAUCUUUUAGUUUUGCGCUCGAUGGUUUGAAAAUGUGAAAUGAUCAUGAUGGAUGGAUACAGCCCAAAUUGUAUCGAUAUCUCGAUAGUGUUCCUCUUCUGUAGCAUCCUGAUCCGACUUCGCGCGCUGCUUCACUCCUCCUUUUUAGCCAAAACCGUGUCACGAAGACACUUUUUGAUAACGGCGAUUUACGGGCUAGAGAAUCGCGAACGACAGGUGUGGUAAAACGGCGUUCCUCUCCUCGUGCCAAAAACGUACGUACAUACGAGUAGCUAAGAUACGAGUUCUUUUUGUACGGUGUCAAGCGAAUCCAAGGUAAUUGCAAGAUUUUUCAAAUAAAAUUACUAUUUUUCUUUUCCAAUUAAUCUCGAAUAAGCGUGAUGUCUUCGUAUUUUACAAUCGCUUAUCAUUGCGAAAAAUGAAGAAGUUAAGAAAAGAAGGAAGGAUCGUAGAAACGAAGGGAUUCUUCAUCUAGUCAAAUGGAUCUACGAUCUUUGGAUUCGAUCGACACGAAAUACACUCAUUCGACCACUGACGACACGGUAUGUAUAUUAUAGAUAAUGAAAAUUAGCGAACAGAUCGCAAAGUCUUUAGCCAGGCGUAAGCAACAUAGUAAAACGCUUGGGAUUAUCGAGUAUCCUAAGUGCGAUCAUCAACGUGUAGCAAAGUGAUGGACGUUGAGAACCGAGAAAGAAGAGAACCAGAGUAAAAAGAAAAAAAGAAAGAA